AUGAGCGUAGGCAAGUAUGUCACGGUCGAGCAUCGCCCCGACAACAUCGCCAUCAUCCGCCUGGACACCCCGGACUCCAAGGUCAACACCCUUUCCGGGCCGCUGAUGGCCGAGUUCGAAAAGGUCCUCGAUCACCUGGCCGCGCACCCGUCGGUUCGCGGCGCCGUCCUCACCUCGGCCAAGCAGGGGAACUUCAUCGCCGGCGCCGACAUCACCAUGCUCUCGGCCUGCCAGACCAGCGAGGAGCUCAGCAAGCUCGCCGCCGGGGGCCAGCAGAUCAUGGACCGCAUCGCCAACAACAAGAUCCCCAUUGUGGCCGCAAUCAACGGCACCUGCCUCGGUGGUGGGCUCGAGGUGGCCCUGGCCUGCCAUAGCCGUGUGGUCACCUCCGACCCGAAGACCACUCUCGGCCUGCCGGAGGUCAUGCUCGGCCUUCUUCCCGGGUCGGCUGGCACCUGGCGCCUUCCGCGCCAGAUUGGCCUGUCCAAUGCGCUGCCCCUGCUGCUGACCGGGCAGUCGGUCCGCCCGGACCGCGCUCGCCGGCUGAAGCUCGUCGACUCGGUGGCCGACCCAUUUGCCCUGGAGUCGGCGGCCAUCAAGAUGGCCACCAGCCUGGCCGACCAGGCCAAGACCACCGGCAAGAUCCCCGGAGCCGACCCCCACAAUGCCUCGACCCUGGACAAGGUGGUCGAGCGGGUUCCCUUCGCGCGCAAGUUCUUCUUCCAGACCGCCAAGAAGCAGACCUACAAGAAGACCCACGGCAACUACCCGGCGCAUGAUGCCAUCCUGGCCCAGGUGGAGGAGGCGUGCACCGCUUCCAAGGCCGUGGCCCUGGCGUCGGAGGCCCGGCGCUUUGGUGACCUCGGCAUGACCCCCGAGAGCCGGGCCCUGGUGUCGCUCUUCUUCGGCCAGACGGCCCUGAAGAAGAAUCGCUUUGGCAAGCCCAGCCGCGAGUACAAGAAGAUCGGCGUCCUGGGUGCCGGUCUCAUGGGCGCCGGUAUUGCCCAGGUUUCCCUCGAGCGCGGCUUCGAUGUGGUCCUGAAGGACCGCGAUCUCGCCGGGCUUGCACGCGGCAUGCAGCAGAUUCGCGGCAACCUCGACACCAAGGUCAAGCGCCGGCAGAUGAACAAGGUCGAGUCGGACGCCGUGAUGUCCCGGCUGGCCGGUGUGACGGAUGUGGAUGCGGCUCGGGCCGACCGGCAGCUGGCCAGCGCGGACAUGGUCAUCGAGGCGGUCUUCGAGGACCUGUCUCUCAAGCACCGUGUGCUGGGGCAUCUGGAGCAGCUGGUCCAGCCGCACACCGUGAUCGCUUCCAACACCUCGGCCCUGCCCAUCCGGGACAUUUGCGCCGGGCUCCAGCGCCCGGAGAAUGUGGUCGGCAUGCAUUACUUCUCGCCGGUGGACAAGAUGCAGCUCCUGGAGGUGAUCACCACCGACAAGACCUCGGCCGAGGCCAAGUCCGCCGCGGUGGAGGUCGGCAUCAAGCAGGGCAAGCUGGUGAUCGUCGUGCGUGACGGCCCGGGCUUCUACACCACGCGCAUUCUGUCCCCCAUGAUGAAUGAGGCUGGCCUGCUGCUGCAGCAGGGCGUCCCGGUGGCCGACAUCGACCGCGCCAUGCAGAAGUACGGCUUCCCGGUUGGGCCGAUCAAGCUCUUCGACGAGGUGGGCAUCGAUGUGGGCAACCGCAUCCAGCCGACCCUGGAGAAGGCCUUCGGCGCGCGCAUGUCCGGCGCCAGCACGCAGAUGCUGCUGGACCUGCAGGCGGCCGGCUUCCUGGGCCGCAAGUCCGGUCGUGGCUUCUUCGACUAUGCCAAAGGGCAAGAACGGCAAGGAGACCCACCCCGAGGCCAUGGCCAUUGUUGCCAAGUACAAGGUUGAUCCCGCCGCUGACUCCUCGCCCGAGGACUACCCCCUGCGCAUGACCUACCGUCUGGUGAAUGAGGCCCUCUUCUGCCUGGAGGAUGGGACCCUCUCCGAUCCGCUUGAUGGUGACAUGGGUGCCGUGUUCGGCCUUGGCUUCCCGCCCUUCCGUGGCGGUCCCUUCCGCAUGAUCGACACCAUCGGUGCUCAGAACUUCGUCGACACCAUGAACCGCUUCGCCAAGCAGUAUGGCCCGCGUUUCACCCCCUGCCCGCUGGUUGUCCAGUACGCCAAGGAGGGCAAGAAGUUCUACCCCACCGAGAAGAAGUAAAAUGGGACACACGGGCAGAAGCCGAGCAGGGAGGCGGGGGGGGGGG